AUGUUUCCUACGCGCGCCCUGUUCGGUCAAGCUCGCGUGACUCUUUUUACUCGCGCUGGCUGCGGCCUGUGCGAUACCGCCAAGCACACCGUCGUCCAAUUAAACAAACGCCGACCCUUUGAAUACGUCGAGAAGAACAUUGAUGAUGCCGGGAACAAGCAAUGGAAGGACGUCUACGAUUUUGAUGUGCCUGUGGUUCAUGUUCAGUCUGUGAACGGUGGUCUUCCCAAGGAGGCCACCCUCUCCGAUGCGAGGAAGCUCUUCCACCGAAUGACCGAGCAGGAGGUCGAGCAAUUGGUGGACGAGGCAGAGAAAUAA